AUGGAAGAUUCUCUUCAACACUGCGAGUUCAAGCCUAUUGAAGGAGAGACCAAGAUCUGUGCUACUUCCUUAGAAUCAAUGCUUGAUUUUAUGACUAGUGUUUUGGGAUUAGAGAGCCAAAUCGAAGUUCUAACCACUACUGACCUCACUUCUAAAUCCAAAUCCAAUACCCUUGUACAGAACUAUACUGUCUUGGCAGAACCCAGAGAAAUAUCAGUUACCAAUUUGAAACGAAUAUUAGGGAAGAUAUUACUAGCAGGUGAUGAGGAUGGAGCUAAGGUGUAUGCCGUUGCUGUUUGUCACAUGGACACCACUAAAUGGAGCAGAAAUUAUGUGGCCUUCCGUAUGCUCGGCACUGAGCCGGGGAUCCCUGUAUGCCUCUUCUUCCAAGCAGAUCAUCUUGUAUGGAUUUCGUCGCCUACUUCUUGA